UCCCCGGUGCGUGCCUGCCCGGACGCCUGGGUCCCGCGGGGGCGGGGGGCUGCGGCGGCGCCGGGGGGGGACACGCGGCCACCUGACCCGCCGCCGCCGCCGCCGCCACCGCAACAUGGCGAUGGGCCCCCCCCCGCCCGCGCCCGCGCCGCGCUGAGCGGCCCCGAUCCCCGCCCGCGCGCCGGCCCCGAUCCCGAGCCGGGGAUGCGGCGGCCGCGGGGCCGGGCCGGGCGCCCCGGGAUGCGUUCUCAUCUCAUCUCAUCUGGUCUCAUCUCAUGGGCGCCCCUGGCGGUCGGCCGCCCCCCCUGCCCUCGCCGUGGCGACCUGAGCAGGGUGGGUGGGUCGCUGCGCCCCCGCCCGCCAUGGCCUGCACCGCGCCCGCCCCGCCCCGUGCGCUCAAGAUGCUGUCGCGCCGCCGCGCCCUGCUGCUGCUGCUGCUGCUCGGCUCCUCCCUCAGCCUCCUGCUGCACCGUGGCGCCCACCUCUCCUGGCCCCCCAAGUCAGGCGCGCCGGCCUGCCCGUCCCCAGCGCCGGGCCCGAAGCGCAUGGCUGUGGCCUUCCUGAAGACGCACAAAACGGCCGGCUCCACGGUGCAGAACAUCCUCUUCCGCUUCGCCGAGCGCCACAACCUGACGGUGGCCCUGCCCCAUCCGCCCUGCGACCACCAGUUCUGCUACCCCCGCGACUUCUCAGCCCGCUACGUCCACCCGCACACGCGCCCGCCCGCCUUCAUCGCCAGCCACCUGCGCUUCCGCGCCGCCGAGCUGCACCGCCUCAUGCCCAACGACACCGUCUACGUCACCAUCCUGCGUGAGCCCGUCGCCAUGUUCGAGUCGCUCUUCACCUACUACAACCAGUACUGCCCGGCUUUCCGGCGUGUGCCCAACGCCUCCCUUGCCACCUUCCUGGAGGAGCCGCGGGCCUACUACCGCCCCCAGGAGAAGUACGCCAUGUACGCCCACAACACGCUGGUCUAUGACCUGGGCGGCGACAACGACCAUGAUCCCGCUGAUGCCACCUACUUGCCUGGCCUCAUCCGCCAAGUGGAAGACGCCUUCGCUUUGGUCAUGAUCGCCGAGUACUUCGAUGAGUCCCUGGUGCUUCUCCGCCGCCUGCUCAACUGGGACCUGGACGAUGUCCUCUAUGUCAAGCUCAACAUGCGGGCACCGCAGUCGCGGGGCAAUGGCACAGCCCCAGGCGUCGCUGCCCAAGUCCGGGCCUGGAACGCACUGGACGCCGGGCUCUAUGCCCACUUCAAUGCCACCUUCUGGGCCCGUAUCAACCAUGCCGGGCGGGACUGCGUGGAGGCUGAGGUGCAGGCGCUGAGAGCCGCCCGCGACCGCCUGGUGGGCACCUGCUUUGGGGGCCGGCCCCAGCCCCGGCCCGCCACCCAGAUCCGCAACAAGGAGCUGCGGCCCUGGCAGCCCAGCGCCCAGGUGGAGAUCGUGGGCUAUGACCUGCCGCCCGGCUCAGGCGCUCCCCCGGACCCACGCUGCCUCAAGCUGGUCAUGCCCGAGGUGCAGUACUCCCGCUACCUGCUGCGCAAGCAGAGCCUGCGCUCCCGGCGCCGCCGUGGCCCCCCUCCACCGGCCCGGCCUGGUCCCCGGCUGCUGCCCCCACGCCGCAGCCUGCUGCCCAAGGCCACUUGAGCCGCCACCCAUGGGCUUCUCUGGACUGGGGACCCUGGCAGCUGGGGGCUGCACUGCUGGCCUGGGAGAUGGUGUAGGACCCUUGGGUGGGGUUGGAUUCAAACCCCGGUGGCAUUGCCCGGCUGCUGUGAAUGGAGUUGCUGCAGGCUUGUGUACACGUGCACGUACACACAUGGGCAUCAUCCUUCUGCACACACAUGAACACACACAAACACACAUGGACAUCAUUCCUUUGCAUGCAUGCGCUCACAUGUGUGCGCAUCAUUUUUUGUGUGCCUACACGCGCGCACACACACAAACACACAUACACACACGGACAUCUUCCCUUUGAACGCACACAGAGCCCUCCCCCACCGUGCACACAGCCUCAGGCGCUCCGCAUAUACACAUAAGCCACAUUGUAGACACGCACCCCUCUGCUUGCACACCCCCAUCUUCUUACAAUCACAGAGACGCAGGGCAGGAAGGGAGCUCAAGAGGUAACAUCUAGUCCAACCCCUGCUAGAGGCAGGAUCAUCCUGAUCCAAACCAUCCCAGACAAAUCCCUUGUCCCACCUCUUGUUAAAUGACUGUCACCCCUGACACAGCACCAGGCAUGGCACCCCAGCCUGCCCCAGGGAAAGCAGGGGGCUGCAGCGGCCAGCAUCCUACUGCUGUAAAAGGUUGUUAAUAUUCCCUCCAGAGACCCCAGGCCGAGGCCGUGACCCCGCUGCAGAGGAAGGCAAAACCCUUCCAGUCUGGACCAGUCAGGAAAUUCCUGCCUGCCCCCAGUGCAGCAUUGGUCAGAUCCUGAGCAGAGGGACAAGACCCUCUACCCAGGACCCUCCAGGUAGAGCUCCAGCAGGAGCAAUGGCACAGCCCCGUGCCCAUCCCCAGCCUGGGCUGCAGCAACACCCAGCACCUCUGGGGGAGGCUUAGACUCACAGAGCAGAAAGUGGGGUGGGGGCAAGCAGCACAGCCCAGAGCUGGGAGAUCCCUGCAGCAGAGCACAGGAAUCGUGGCCCCUAGAGUAUCCCCGGACUGUGGCUGCCCAACCUCUCCUUGAACCCCGGCGGUGAUGAGAGCCUUUAAUUCUCAGCGUCUCUCCCAGGACCUCCCUGCUCUGACAGUGAAGAUGUGUUUCCGGGUCUCCAAUCUAAACUGGCUUUGCUGCAACUCCGAGCCAUGGGGCCGCGUCCUCCUCUCGGCAGCCCUUUGCACAGUUGAGGGCUGCUGUCACGUCCCCUCCUAAAUGCCUUUUCCGCAAGCCGGACCUGCCCAGCUCCUUCAGUUUGCUUUGCAAGCCCUCGACCACUUUGCUGCCUGCCCUGGACCUCGUAACUUCUCCACGCCCUUUAUGAAAUUCGGAGCCCAGAACGGCGCACAGCGUCCAGAUGCGGCUUGACCAGGGCUGAGCAGAGACUCUGUCACCGCCCGUGUCCUGCACCUCCUGCAUCCAUUGAUGCCUCUCAGAGCUGCACUGGCCUUGUGUGCGGCUGCACCAUAUGGCAGACUCGUGUGGGUCUGGUGUGCCAGGGCUCCUGGGCCCUUCUCCACAGAGCUGCCCCCCAGCCUGUGCUUUGCAGGGGUCUUCCCCAGGUGCAGCCCCUCGCAUUGUGCGCCUUGUCUGCGCCACGUCUGUCAAGCACACGUGGCCUGCAACACCUGGCACCCAUGUGCGCACACAGCCCCUCAUGCCUGUACACACCUGCCUGCUCUUACACAUGCAUUUGGCCUUGCACCGUCGUUCUCUCACACACGCCCAUGCAGUCUCUCCCUGCCCCAUGCCUCACACACAGUCCACCCCCUGUAUGCAGAGCUGCACAUAGAGAGCCCCCCUCAUCUCUCACUGCACCCUCCUGCACGCAUCUCUCACACUUACACAUUCAGUCACACCUACACCAGGGCUCUGUCCCAUCUCUUUCUGUCCCUCAGACACCCCUCUCCUCCCACCCCAGACCAUCCAGGGGUCUGGGACCACCCUGCACCUCCCCCCCCCUUGGAACCUAGGCAUUCAACACACACACACACACACGCAGUGCAGGCAUCCAACACACAGAACACAGGUAUGUGACACACUUGCACAUGCACACGCAUGCACACACAGCAAAGCAACAUUCCCAGGCUGGUGCUGGCUCUGACCCCCUCCCUGUUGCUGCCAGCACAAUGCACUGUUGGCCCUCACCCAGGGCCUGCGGGCGAGACUGGGCUUGAUGCUGGGGUCUGGGGCUGGUCAAUAAAGGACUCUGCGAGGUG